CAGAGCGCGCGCUCGGCUCUGGCGCUGAUAGCGGCGCGCGUCUCUAUAGGCGCACUCGCCUCGGCAGCAGCGGACAUGUCUGGUUUGGUCUCCCGGCUCGCACUGGUUCCUCGGCACGCAGCGGCCAGAGCCGCGCGGCUACCGAGCAGGAUCCCGGUAUUCAUUCGUACUGUGGCCACCACAACUCGAGGCCUGCAGUCUCUCACCCGAUAUAAUAAGACUACAGAUUGGCAAAAGAAACUGACCCCAGAACAGUAUGUAGUGACCAGAGAGAGAGGGACUGAAGUGCCCUUUAGUGGGAUCUACCUUAACCAUUCUGAAGUUGGGAUGUACCACUGUGUUUGCUGUGAGGCUCCACUUUUUAGUUCAGAGGCAAAGUACGACUCGGGCACCGGCUGGCCUGCUUUCAAAGAAGCUCACGGGACAUGGGAGCGGGAUGAAAGCCACGCCUCCAUCAUUCGUCGCCCUGACAACAGCCUGGGUAGCGCUGGGACAGAGGUUCUUUGUAAAAAUUGUGAUUCCCACCUGGGUCAUGUGUUUGAUGACGGACCGGACCCGACCGGUCAGCGGUUCUGUAUCAACAGCGUGGCCCUCGCGUUUAAACCCAGAGAAAACAACACACCUGACACUGAGGAGCAGGAGAAACACCGGAACUGAAAAGAGAAAUACACGUUUCAUUUUGAAGUCCUUCCUAAAGUCCAAAUGAAGGGUCGUCUGAAGCGCAUUCAAUGGUUUGGACCUGGACAAAUAAGAACAGUCUCCUGUUAAGUAAACGUUGAUGUAUGCGCUGGAGGAAGGUCUACAUACAGAACAUGCUUUACAUUAUUGACACAAACUCAAACUGCAGACCAUCAGCUCCUUCAAUUGUGAUACUUUCCCCUAAAAAGUAAAAAGUAAAAAGUUUUGUUGAUUAUAUGUGAUUUGGUUUGUGAGUAAAUUUAUGAAUGUCUUAAUGUCAGAUUCACAAAUGGCCUUUUGCAAAGUAUUUUUGCGCACGCACAAUGAUUUUAACUUACAAGGGCUUAGAAAUGAAAAUCUGUUAAUGUAUGUAUGAAAAAUGAAUAAAGAAAAAAAAUAUAAAAGAAUGCGUUAAAAGAUGAA